AUGGCUCUCAACGUGAAUCGCUCUGUCUCUGAUCCGUUCUACCGUUACAAAAUGCCGAAACUGAUGGCCAAGGUAGAGGGAAAAGGCAACGGAAUCAAGACCGUCAUCUCAAACAUGUCUGAAAUUGCCAAGGCUCUCGAGCGCCCACCGAUGUACCCAACAAAGUAUUUCGGCUGUGAGCUCGGUGCCCAGACCAAUUUCGACGCCAAAAACGAGCGCUACAUUGUCAAUGGUGAACAUGACGCCAACAAGCUUCAAGACAUUCUUGAUGGUUUCAUCAAGAAAUACGUUUUGUGUCCUGCUUGCGAGAAUCCAGAAACAUCACUGAUGGUUCGCAAAAAUACCAUUCAUAGCAAAUGCAAAGCUUGCGGAAACGCGUUCGCCAUUGAUAACAAGCAUAAAUUGUCGACAUUCAUCAUUCGCAAUCCACCAAAGAUCGAUAUUGAUUUUGCUAAAGCCGAAAAGAACGGAAAGAAAGUUUCUGAGGCAAUCAAUGAACCAGCUGAGAUUACGAAUGGUGGCGACAAAGGAAGCUCGAAUGACGAUGAAGAUGACGAUUGGGAACCGGAGCCGAUUGAACCAAAUGGCGCUUUGUCGGCCGGAAUGGGCAAGCUUGUAUUGGACAAGGAUUUGGAGAAAAGCGAAGAACAACGUUUGGAUAUGCUUCACAGCUUUUUCCUUAAGGCUAAAGAACAAGAAAAGAUUACUUCCACCCCGGAUCAGAAGCUACUUCUUGAUGAAGCCGAACGUCUUGAGUUGAAACAGAAAGCAUCGCUUUUGUUGGCUAUGGUGCUCUUCAAUGAGAACAUUUUGACUGAAAAGCAGAUCGAGAAAAAUCGUAAUCUUCUGUUGAGAUUCACAUUGAAUGACAAGAAGGCCCAACGCUACUUACUUGGGGGAAUCGAGCAGCUAAUCUCUAAGCACGAGGGCACUCUUUUGCAGAAAUCACCUCAUAUAAUAAAAGCUUUAUAUGACUCGGAUGUUUGCACCGAAGAGGCGCUUUUGGCAUGGGGAGCUAGGCCAUCAUCGAAAUAUGUGUCGAAAACGACCGCAAAGAAGAUUAUCGAGAAUUCGCAGCCAGUUUUGGAUUGGCUUCGGGAGGCCGAGGAAGAGACAGAUGAGGAUUCCGAUGAAGAUAUUGACUUCGAUAAUGAAGUCAAGGAAAGUGAAUUCUUGCGAAAGCAGCGCGAAGAAGCCGAAAGAAAGGCUAAGGCUGCCGCUGCUGCUGCUGCUGCAGUGAGCAAUGGUACUAACAAAGUUGAGGCCGACGAGGAUGAUUUGGAUAUUGAUGAUAUUUAA